CCGUUUAUUGCGCAGAAAAGACAUUUACACAUGCGUGUCUGCUGUUUUGGUAUACACACGUGUGUGUGACGUCGAAGGUACCCUGGCAGCUACGCGCCCUAAUCCAACAAGAACAAGAACAAGAAGUGACGUCGAAGGGUAUGUCACUUUGCCCUUAAUUUUGUUAUUUUUCGUCAAGCAUGAAUAGAACCGCGAGAGUUGGAAACCAGUUGCCUAAUAAUUUGCCUCAGCUACAAAACCUCAUCAAGAGAGACCAUGAAAGCUAUCAGGAAGAGUUUAACCAGCAAUGGCGCCACUACCAGUCAACAAUGCAGGUGUUCCGGCUCCAACCAGAUCAAUACAACCAGAACCUGGAUGAGCUGACCAUGUUUGUGGCACAGGUGGCUCACUGCUACCCGGAGACGCUGGCGCUCUACCCCCAGGAGCUGAUGGACAUGCUCCGACAGUACAGCACCGUCAUUGACACAGACAUGCGCAUGACGUUCGUGAAGGCCCUGAUACUGCUGCGGAACAAGAACCUGCUGACUCCCACGGCACUGCUGGAGCUGUUCUUUGAGCUGCUGCGCUGUCAGGACAAGGCGCUGAGGGAUUUUCUGCAGAGUCACAUCGUCAGUGACAUCAAAAACGUGAACGCUAAACGGAAAAACAUGAAACUCAACUCGACAUUGCAGAACUUCAUGUACAGCAUGCUCAAGGACAGUCACGCCAAGGCGGCCAAGAUCGCGCUGGACGUCAUGAUCGACCUCUACAAGAAGGGCGUGUGGAACGACCAGAAGACGGUAAAUGUCAUCACCACCGCCCUCUUCUCCAAGACCACCAAGGUGAUGGUGACUGCGCUGAAGUUCUUCCUGGGCAAGGACGAGGACGAGGAAGAUUCGUCAGACAGCGAGUCAGAGGAUGAUACAACGGCGGCAAAGGCUGUUAUCACCUCAUCCAACUUUACCAAGAAGACCAGAAAGAAGAAGAGAGCCCUGGAAAAGGCAAAGGCCCUGGCUAAUAAAUCGAAAAAGAAGAAAAAGAAGAGUGAGUCGUUCAACUUCUCAGCGCUGCACCUGGUGAACGACGCCCAGGGUUUGGCUGAGCGGCUCUACAAGAAGCUGGAGACACUGAAUGAGCGCUAUGAGGUGAAGCUGAUGAUGAUGAGUCUGAUUUCGCGUCUGGUGGGCAUUCACGAACUGUUCCUGUUCAACUUCUACCCGCUGCUGCAGCGUUUCCUGCAGCCCCACCAGAGGGAUGUGACGCGCAUCCUGCAGUAUGCUGCUCAGGCGUCCCACGUGCUGGUACCGCCGGAUGUGAUCCAGCCGAUGCUGAUGACCAUCGCCAACAACUUCGUCACCGAGCGCAACUCGUCCGAGGUCAUCACCGUUGGUAUCAACGCGAUCCGCGAGGUGUGCGUGCGUUGUCCUCUGGCGAUGGGGGAGGACCUGCUGCAGGACCUGGCGCAGUACAAAAAGUACCGCGACAAGAACGUGAUGAUGGCGGCGCGCUCUCUGAUCCAGCACUACCGCACCACCCACCCCGAGCUGCUGCACAGAAAGGACCGCGGCCGUCCGACAGAGGCCACUGGUGAGCUCGAUCGGCCGGCCUACGGAGCCGUCAGCGCGCGUGACUAUAUCCCCGGCGCCGAGGUGUUGGACCCGGAGAACCCCACAGAGGACGACGGCAGAGGCGACGAGGACGACUCUGACGGGUGGGUGAACGUGUCGGAUGGAGAAAUUGAUGACGAGGAAGGCGAUGGUGAGGACGCCGAGCUGGAGGAGGGCGCUGAGGACUCAGAAGAUGAGGAGGGUGAAGCUGAGGAGGGCGCCGAAGGAGAGGAAUCGGGCGAGGAGGUCGAGGACGAAGAAGGGGAGGAGGAAGACGAUGAGGGAGAGGAAAGCGACGAGGAUGAAAAAGUGGAAGAGAAAGCAAAAACAAAUGUGAAGACUCCGCAGAGGUCCAGGAAAUCGUCAGUCAGUAGCAAGGUGUCUCGCUCGUCACAGAAGUCCGGCUCGGCGCUGAGCACGCUCUCCAAGGAGGAGAAGAUGGCACGUGCCUCGGCCGUGGUGUCGUCCCGCCUGCUCACUGACUCUGACUUCCGGAGGAUCGAGCGCGCGCAGCUGGCCAAACAGAUGGACCCGCUGAAGAAGGGAGGCAAGAGGAAGGCGGAUGAGAUGAUCGAGGAGGAAGAGGAGAGGGGUGAGAUUGUGACGCUGAAAAACAUUGAGAGGAUUCAUAAGAAGCCCAAAGCAGAUAAGGAGACCCGACUGCUCACCGCAAAGGCGGGAAAGCCAGACCGAGAGCAGCUGAAGUUUGGCCGACCUAAGGGCCGGGUCAAUCCGAACGCAAGUACCACCAACAAGGAAAAGAAGAAGACCAAGAACUUCAUGAUGCUCCGGCAUAAACUGAAGAACAAAACCAAAAAGUCGUUCAGCGAGAAACAGAGGUCAUUGCGGGAUUCGUUGCUGAAACGAAAGAAGAAGUCGAAAUACUAGUGCCUAGUUUGACAAUAUUCAUACUGAAGAGCUGCAAUUGUUAGGGAUACUUGCCCGGUGGCUCCUCAUUUGUAUUCGUUUCAUUGAUACAGUGUGUACUGAUACUGGGGAAAUAUCACCCGAAGGUGACGAAGUGAAGGAUCCAAGUGAGGUGAGGAUGUUAAACGUGACUGUUUUAUAACAUUGUCCGCUGCUGCCUCGAGUGAAAUGUGACGCGUUGCAUAUUGUUGAUCGAAAACAUAGGUUAAUAAUGAAACAAAUGUCGA